AUCAUUCUGAAAAUGUACGAAAUCCUACAAAUGUUUUUUGCCGCAAAUUAUUAGCGAAAAGAUAAAUGUUUUUUUCGUUCCGUUUGAAUUCGUGACUAAUUCACAACUGAUAUUCAUUAUACUAUUUUGUUGAACAUAGUUUUUUUCAAUUUUAUUAAUUAGUUCAAUUUUACAAAGGAUUGUUGCAAUGGACUUACUCGGGUCGAUAAUGGAAUCAAUGGAAAAGCCACCAACUGUGGAUACAAAAGAAAAAUUGAGACAAAAAAAAGCCCAGGAAGCAUUUUUGAAACAACAAAAUAAAGAAAAAGAAAGAAUGAUAAAGUUUCGAAAUGAAACGGAGAUAAAAGUGACAAAAUUUGUUCAAGAUGACAACCAGACACGAUUAAAAUUCCCUCCCUUGAAUAAAGUGCUACGAAAUAUUGUACAUGAAAUUUCAGAAGAUGCUGGAAUGUUGGCAUAUUCUUUUGGCGAAGAAGAAGUUGAUCGAUAUAUUAUGGUAUUUAAAAAAGACUUUCCACCUUCUGAAGAUGAAUUAAAUGCUCUACGGAAUGGUCAAGAAUGGAAUGAUGAAAUUGCAAAAAGAUUAUUGGCACAA